CUCUUGUCACUCUCCUCGCCCAACUAAUUCAAGAUUCAAAAAUCAGAAACAGUAACAGUGAAAGUAGAAAGAUCAUGGCUGGAAACCAAUUGGGAGUGCUUAACGCACUUGAUGUGGCCAAGACCCAAAUGUACCAUUUCACGGCAAUUGUAAUUGCCGGAAUGGGAUUCUUCACUGAUGCAUACGAUCUGUUCUGCAUCUCCCUUGUGACAAAGUUACUCGGCCGAAUCUACUAUACAAAACCAGGUGAAGAAAAGCCUGGCACAUUGCCUCCUAACGUGUCUGACGCUGUUAUUGGUGUGGCGCUUUGUGGCACUUUGGCUGGCCAACUCUUCUUCGGCUGGCUCGGUGACAAAUUGGGCCGCAAAAAGGUGUACGGUAUAACCCUCAUUCUCAUGGUGGUCAGCUCUAUUGGCUCCGGGCUCUCAAUUGGACACUCGGCAAACAGUGUCAUGGCCACCCUCUGUUUCUUCCGAUUUUGGCUCGGCUUCGGCAUUGGUGGUGACUACCCUCUUUCUGCUACAAUUAUGUCUGAAUACGCAAACAAAAAGACACGUGGAGCGUUUAUCGCCGCAGUUUUUGCCAUGCAAGGCUUUGGGAUUUUGGGUGGUGGGGUUGUUGCUUUAAUCGUGUCAAGCGCAUUUAAGAACAAAUACAACCCUCCCGCAUAUGAGGUUAAUGCAGCGGCAUCGCUGCCAUCCCAAGCUGACUUAGUGUGGCGCCUAAUUCUCAUGUUUGGAGCUCUCCCGGCUGCCCUCACAUACUACUGGCGUGUGAAAAUGCCCGAGACUGCACGUUACACUGCCCUGGUGGCAAAGAAUGCAAAACAGGCGGCGGCAGACAUGUCUAAGGUGCUAAACGUGACUCUUGAAGCUGAACAACAGAAAAUUGAAAGGAUUAGUGCUCAAGAGUCAUAUGGGCUAUUCUCCAAACGAUUUGCGAAACGACACGGGCUUCACUUGGUUGGAACCACCACCACUUGGUUCUUGUUGGACAUUGCCUUCUAUAGCCAAAAUCUUUUCCAGAAAGAUAUCUUCAUCGCUAUUGGGUGGAUUCCAGCGGCAAAAACAAUGAGUUCACUUGAAGAGCUUUACAUGAUUGCAAGGGCGCAAACACUUAUAGCAUUGUGCAGUACCGUGCCCGGAUAUUGGUUUACGGUGGCUUUCAUUGAUUAUUUGGGACGGUUUACAAUUCAAUUGAUGGGUUUCUUCUUCAUGACUGUGUUCAUGUUUGCGCUUGCUAUCCCAUACCAUCACUGGACUCUAAAGCCCAACAGGAUUAGCUUCGUUGUAAUAUACUCCUUGACCUUUUUCUUCGCAAACUUUGGACCCAAUGCCACCACAUUUGUUGUGCCAGCUGAGAUUUUCCCUGCGAGGCUAAGGUCAACAUGUCAUGGAAUAUCGGCCGCAACGGGGAAGGCAGGAGCUAUAAUUGGGGCGUUUGGAUUCUUGUAUGCUGCCCAAAACCAAGACAAGGCCAAAGCAGAUGCCGGGUACCCGGCUGGCAUCGGGAUCAAGAAUUCCCUUCUCGUGCUCGGAGGAAUUAACUUCUUGGGAAUGUUGUUUACCUUCUUGGUGCCAGAAUCUAAGGGAAAAUCGUUGGAGGAAUUGACGGGAGAGGAGGACGAUGAAGGCGGUGAGACUGCGGAGCAAGCCACUGGUAGUAGGGCUGUUCCGGUGUGAUGAUUUGGUUUUUCGAUCAUAUCGAGUUUAUGUGAGAUGUUUAAUUAUGAUUUGUGGUUUCUGUUUUACUACUUUUAUUAUAUG